AUGAACGGAAUGGGGCUUGUAUUGUGGCAUUCAUUGUUUCUCUUCUUAAGUUUGGUUUCCACGUCAUGGAGUUUGAAUUCAGAUGGUCGCGCCCUUCUUGCUCUGUCCAAAAAUCUCAUAUUGCCUAGUUCCAUAAAGUCAAGUUGGAAUGCUUCUGAUACAACCCCAUGUAACUGGACUGGAAUUAGUUGUGAUGAAAGGAACAAUGUGGUUUCUCUUGACCUAACAUCGUCUGGAGUUUCUGGUUCAUUAGGAGUUCAAAUAGGUCUUCUAAAGUACAUACAAGUCAUCAUUUUGCUAAACAAUAGCAUAUCUGGUCCAAUCCCUCAAGAACUGGGCAAUUGUAGCAUGCUUGAACAGUUGGAUCUUUCCAUGAACUUCCUUUCUGGUGAAAUACCAGAAUCACUGUCCAACCUAAAAAAACUAUCAUCAUUCUCGUUGUACACUAACUCCCUCAGUGGGGAAAUACCAGAGGGGUUGUUCAAGAACCAGUUUCUGCAGGACGUGUACCUCCAUGGGAAUAAUCUCAGUGGUUCUAUCCCUUCAUCAGUUGGUGAAAUGACAAGCCUUAGAUCAUUUUGGUUGACGAAGAAUGCAUUAUCUGGAGGUCUGCCAGAUUCAAUUGGCAACUGCACCAAGUUGGAGGAGCUCUAUCUACUGGAUAAUCAGUUGAGCGGGAGCCUUCCAAAAACCUUGAGCUAUGUCAAAGGACUGAAAGUUUUAGAUGCCACUGGAAAUAGCUUUACCGGAGAGAUUGAUUUCAGUUUUGAGAACUGCAAGUUGGAGAUAUUCAUAUUGUCGUUCAAUCAUAUGAGUGGCGGUAUUCCAUCAUGGCUAGGGAAUUGCACUAGCUUGACACAACUUGCACUUGUCGACAACCGUUUCACUGGCCAAAUUCCGGCUUCUCUUGGCCUAUUGAGCAACCUCACCUUGCUUAUGCUUUCUCAAAACUCCUUGUCUGGCUCAAUCCCUCCUGAGAUUGGUAACUGUUGGUUGCUGGAGUGGCUAGAGUUGGAUCAUAACAUGCUCGAGGGCACUGUUCCUAAAGAGCUGGCUAAUCUGAGACACUUGCAGAAGCUCUUUCUUUUCGAGAAUCGCCUGACCGGGGAGUUUCCUGAGGGUAUUUGGAGCAUCCGGUACCUUCAAAGUGUUCUUAUUUACAGCAAUGGUUUUACUGGGAAGCUACCUCUUAAGUUAGCUGAAUUGAAGUUAUUGGAGAACAUCACAUUGUUCGAUAAUUUCUUCACCGGAGUCAUACCCCCGGGUUUGGGUGUUAAUAGCCCUUUACAGCAAAUUGAUUUCACCAACAACAGUUUUACCGGUGGAAUACCUCCGUACAUUUGUUCAAGGAAAAGACUCAGGGUGUUGGUUUUGGGUCUCAAUCAUCUGAAUGGUAGCAUCCCAUCCAAUGUUGCAGAUUGCCCAGGUUUGGAACGAAUCAUUCUCAAAAACAAUGAUCUUACUGGGCCCAUUCCACAUUUUAGAAACUGUGCAGCGCUGGGCUAUAUGGAUUUCAGUCAUAAUUCUUUAAGUGGAGAUAUUCCAGCAAGCUUGGGAAAAUGCAUAAAUACUACAAUGAUAAACUGGUCAGCAAACAAACUUGUUGGUCCAAUACCACCUGAAGUUAGAAACUUGGUGAAUUUGGAAGUUCUUAACCUCUCACAAAACAGUCUACAGGGUGCACUUCCAGCUCAGGUUUCUAGUUGCUCCAAGCUGCUUAUUUUGGAUUUGAGUUUUAACUCUCUGCAUGGUCCGGCACUCACGACAGUAAGCAGCCUGAAGCUUCUCGCACAACUACGGUUGCAGGAGAAUAAAUUCAGUGGGGGCUUACCUGAUUCUCUUUCGCAGUUGGUUAUGCUUCUUGAGCUGCAACUUGGUGGCAACAUUCUUGGAGGCAGAAUCCCUUCGUCGUUAGGAAAGUUGAUCAAACUCAUUGCAUUCAAUCUCAGCAGCAACGGACUGGUGGGUGAUAUUCCAACACCAUUGGGCAAUUUGGUGGAACUGCAAAGUUUAGAUUUGUCAGUUAAUAACCUCACUGGAGCUCUCGGCGCAUUAGGGAGUCUACAUUCAUUGCACGCCUUGAAUCUUUCCUAUAAUAGGUUCAGUGGACCAGUGCCAGAAUAUCUUCUGAAAUUUCUGAACUCCACACCAAGCUCUUUUAAUGGAAAUUCGGGUCUCUGUAUCUCUUGCCGUGACAAUGAUUCUUCUUGCAAGAGAUCUAAUGUGCUGAAACCUUGUGGAGGAUCAGGGAAAAAAGGAAUAAAGCGUCGAUUCAAGGUUGCUCUUAUUAUUCUUGGUUCAUUGUUCAUUGGAGCAGUAGCGGUACUUAUCCUCUGCUGUAUCCUUCUAAAGAAUCGAGAUUCGAAGACAAAAAGUGAGGAGACAAUCAGUAAUUUGCUUGAAGGCUCUUCUUCUAAAUUAAAUGAGAUCAUAGAAAAGACAGAAAACUUUGAUGACAAGUAUAUCAUAGGCGCAGGUGCGCAUGGGACUGUGUACAAGGCAAUAUUGAAUUCAGGGGAGGUCUUUGCCAUAAAGAAGCUUGCGAUUUCAGCGCGCAGCAGCUCCUACAAAAGCAUGAUCAGAGAGCUGAAGACACUUGGUAAAGUUCGGCACAGGAACUUGAUAAAGCUGAAGGAAUUUUGGGUGAGAGGCGACUCUGGGUUCAUACUGUAUGACUUCAUGGAGCAUGGUAGCCUCUAUGAUGUCCUGCACAGGAUCCGGACGCCGAGUCUGGACUGGAGCAUGCGCUAUAACAUAGCUCUUGGAACUGCCCAUGGUCUGGCAUAUCUUCACCAUGACUCUGUCCCUGCGAUCAUUCAUCGAGAUAUUAAGCCAAGCAAUAUAUUGUUAAACAAGGACAUGGUGCCGCGCAUCGCGGAUUUCGGCAUAGCAAAGAUCAUGGAUCAGUGUUCUGCUGCUCCACAGUCCACCGGGGUCGUCGGCACCACUGGAUAUAUGGCACCAGAGCUGGCAUUUUCCACCAGAAACAGUAUCAAGACCGACGUGUACAGCUACGGCGUCGUCCUGCUCGAGCUUAUAACAGGAAAGACGGCGGUGGAUCCCUCAUUCCCGGAGAACAUGGACAUUGUCGCCUGGGUGCCCCACGCCCUGAACGGCGCUGAGCAGAUCGGGCCCGUCUGCGACCCGGCCCUCCUGGACGAAGUGUACAGCACUGUCGAAAUGGAGGAGGUGCGCAAGGUCCUGCGCUUGGCCCUUAGGUGCACAGCGAAGGAGCCGAGUCAACGACCGUCCAUGGUCGACGUCGUGAAGGAGCUGACUGACGCGAGGUUCGCGGGCAUCCCUUCGUCGUCGAAGCAGGGGAAGCCGGGCUCCUCCUCCGGCGGCGGCUCUUCUUGA